CACCUUUCCAUCUCUACGACAUGUCAGAAACUCAGUGGGUUUCACCCCAGCGCAUUGAUCCGUCACUGGACAUGCUCCCCGUUCAUGUGAGCGACUGUAACUUUGGGUUGCUGGUCUUCACGUGGAUGUUGCCAGGUCCCCUGGACCGCCGUUCUCUCACUGAUGCGGUUUCACGGACCUUGACGCAUUACCCCCUGUUUGCUGGACGACUCGUCGGAGCAGAGAAGUGGCGCAUCAAACUGGCAGCUGGGAGUCAAGUAGCUUGCCAUAUCUCCUUGGCCCAUGCGUCACUUCCGAUCACCUACUGCGACAGUCAACUUGUGCCAACGGAGGAGAUGCUCAGAGACUUCCAUCCCGAUGUAGUCGACCCUGUACUCACGGACAACGACAACCCUCCUUCGCGCAAGGAGCCGCUGGUCAAGAUGAAAGUGACAACUUUCGUGAACACCGGUGAGACCACAAUAACUUGGGCAUUCUGCCAUGUUCUAGGAGAUGGAUUGACGUUCUUCCGCUUCACCAACAUGAUCUCGCAAUUCUAUCGUGGACUUCCAGCUGUGCAUCCCUUGCCUACUUACGAGGCUUACUUCCGUCCUCCUCCCUCCCUCCCUCGCCAUCUCGUUGCUCCAGUUGCUCGAGAGCUUGCACCCCACCUCCUUCAGCACUACGAUAGGGAGGAAGCCGGUGAAUUGUACGCACGGUCUUUUCUCUCCACUACAAGACUCGACAUGCAGUUCAGUCUGGAGGAAAUUAAUCUAUUGAAGCUGGAGGCGUCUCGCAAGGCUGGUCAGAACGUCUCCAAACAGGACGCCUUGGCUGCCUAUCUCAUCACGGCAAUCAACCGCGUUCGGAAGAUCCCAAUCAAUCAAAUAAUCAAUCUCGUCAAUGUCAGAGGCGAAGCGGAGAGCCCGGAUGGCUUCCAACUUCCGGUUCAGUCUGCUGCAGGAACCCAAUUACUGCAUGUCUUCUCUGCCUCCAUCGCUUCAGAAUAUACAAAAGACCUGGGAAAAGUGGCGAGAUACGUAGGAGAGACCGUACGGCAAGUUAGAAAUGCUGACUACGUUAAACGUGCAGCGGCAGCCACGUGUGCCAUUAUGUCCCAGCUGUUUGGCGCCAAUCGGCAGGCCUUCUGGGGUGCGGGUCCUAACCAGGUGGUUCUUAACAAUUGUUACAAGCUGACUUCUCCCGAUACACACUUUGGCUAUCCAGGAAGAGCAAUAUUUGUCGUGAAUGGCUCUAUGGAACGUUACAUCCGUAUAUGGGCCGGCAAUCCCACGCGCAAUGGGGACGGCACGUGGAACGAAAAUGUUGGCAGCGCGGAUGUGUCCUUCCGCCUCGAACAUGAGCUGGCCGAACCUUUCAUGAAACUGCUUGCCGAAGACAGGAGGAAGUGGGCACGAGCCACCCAAUUGCCUAAGAACCCCGUUCCUUUGCCUCUUACUCAAUACCGGGAAGAGCUGUCACUGCAGGCAUUCUCACGUCUGUGAUACGAAGCACCCCUCUGAGCCGUGCUCAAAGUUCAGGAUUUUCCUUCCUUGUAUUGAGCUUUUCUUUAAUGACCGGCCCACAAGUGCGUGAUAUUGAUAUUCGUGUAUUAACGUAGGACCUCAAUCAUUCGCUUGUCACGGAAAUGCAAUUCACUAGGUGUCCGAUGAUGCUGCGGGACGAAUGGGAUGAGCGAUCCGG